GAGCCCCAAGCGGCCGGUGCAGCAUCACAGCUCCGCUCCUGCUUGGCUGCACCCCGAAAGCUCGGCUCCCUGCCCACAGCACCCCACAAGAGCCGCAGUAGCCCCGCACUGCACCUGCGAGGGACGGCUGGAGCCUCCCGUGAUGCAGAGUGUCAGGACCCCCAGCCUCCAACAGCUGCUCCGCUGGCCCUGCUCCUGCAACACAGCCUGGCCACGGGGUACCCCAUCUCCAUGAGCAUCACCUCGGUGGCUGCCCAUCACCUACGGAGACCUGCAGCCACCAACUCACUCGGGUACCAGGGAACUGGUGUCCCACAUCACCCCCGCCUUCGCCUUCUCCAGCCCACCCCGUGGGCUAGCUGAUGGCCAGUAGCCGCUGCUGAGCCCAGAUGCAGGGCUGGGAGAGGGACCCAGCACAGCCACUGUCCCUGUGCUUCAGAGGAUGGCGGCAGCAAACUGGUACCACCGGGACAUCAGCCGUGUGGUGGCAGAGGAGCUGCUGGCCAAGGCCGGGCGGGACGGCUGCUUCCUGGUGCGGGACAGCGAGUCGGUGUCAGGAGCAUAUGCCCUUUGCCUCCUGUUCCAGCGGCACGUCCACACCUACCGCAUCCUCCCCAAUGAUGAGGGGCUGCUGUCUGUCCAGACCAUCCAGGGCAUCCAAGCCAAGUGUUUCCGCACCCUCCCUGACCUGAUCAGUGCCUACCAGCAGCCCAACAACGGGCUGGUGAUGCCCCUGCUCUACCCCGUGCACCGGGCAGGGCAGGCGGCCGAGGAGGACUCGGACGGGGAGGAUGCCCGGGGCACUGGGCACACGGUGAGCGCGGUCCCUGCCAGCGCAGCCGCGGCAGGCUCAUGGCUCAGCGCUCCCAUCACCACCCAGACCCACAUCUCACAGCAGCUGCACCAGAGGCUGCAGGAGCAGGUGCACAGCAGCCCAGCCAGCGACUUCAUGGGCUUCAUGGCUGAGUACCUGAACCACCACGUGCAGCUGGACCUGGAGGCGCUGCGCCACGGGCACCCGCAACUGCGUCACCUCAGCACCGCGCUGGUCACUGCCUGCCGCGCACUGCACAGUGAGAUCGACUUCACUCUGGCUGGUCUGGAGACACUGGCCAGGAUGUUCGACCCCCCCAUGUCCCCUCACAGCCCAGCCAGGGAGCAGGUGACCCCCCCCGCGGCCACCACAGCCCCCAGCCACCUGCAGGGUCUCCUGACCAGCGACCCAGACCUUGAGCUGCUCCUCAACAAGAUAUCUGCCGUCAACCAUCUCCUCUCUUCACUGGAGAAGAAGGUGCUGAAGUCGCUGCAGGAGACGGUGUCAAGGCACAACCUGGCACUACCUAGCAUGGCAGCGUCCCCCCCGCCAGCCGCCAGGCCCCUGGCUGUGCAGAGCUUUGAGGUGAAGGUGGGCAAGUCGCAGCGGGCAGCCCUGACGGUGGACGUGCAGUCGGGCACAGUGGCCAUCACCAAGCAGGGCAGUGGGUCCCCGGAGGAGACCAUCCCACAGGACAAAAUCCUGCAGCUGAUCAAAUACCAGAGCGUGCAGAGCAAGGUGAGGCUGCUGUAUGACCGGGAGCCACAGAAGAGCCUCAGCAGAGACUUCAUCUUUCCCAGUGCACGGAAGCGAGAGGCCUUUUGCCAGCUGCUGCAGCUGAUGAAGAUCCAGCACUCCAACCUGGAAGAGCCUGACCUUAUCUCAGUGUAUGUCGGGACGUGGAACAUGGGCAGCACGCCGCCACCCCGCUCCAUCGCCUCCUGGCUGACCUCGAGGGGCUUGGGGCGCACGCAGGAUGAGACCACUGCCUGCAUCCCCCAUGACAUCUACGUUAUCGGCACCCAGGAGAAUUCCCUGGGUGACCGCGAGUGGGUCGAGUUCCUCCGCGCAUCGCUCAAGACCCUGAUGGCCAUCGACUACCGAGUGGUUGCCCUGCAGUGCCUCUGGAGCAUCAAGAUUGUGGUGCUGGUGAAGCCCGAGCACGAGCGGCGCAUCAGCCACGUCCACACCUCCAGCGUGAAAACAGGGAUUGCCAACACCCUGGGGAACAAGGGAGCUGUUGGUGUCUCCUUCCUCUUCAAUGGCACCUCCUUUGGCUUCGUCAACUGCCACCUGGCCUCUGGCAGCGAGAAGACCCACAGGCGGAACCAGAACUACAGUGACAUCCUGCACUCCCUGGUCCUGGGGGACAAGCGGCUGGGGGGCUUCGACCUCACCCUGCGCUUCACCCACCUCUUCUGGUUCGGGGACCUCAACUACCGCCUGGACAUGGACGUGCAGGACAUCCUUGCCCACAUAACCAAGAAGGAGUUUGAAGCUCUCCUGGCUGUCGACCAGCUCAACCUGGAGCGGGAGAAGAACAAGGUGUUCCUGCGAUUCAGUGAGGGUGACAUCUCCUUUCCCCCCACCUACCGGUAUGAGCGGGGCUCCCGGGACAGCUACAUGUGGCAGAAGUUCAAGCCCACAGGGAUGAGGAUCAAUGUCCCCUCGUGGUGUGACCGCAUCCUGUGGAAGUCACACCCGGAGACCCACGUGGUCUGUAACUCCUAUGGCUGCACCAAUGACAUUGUGACCAGUGACCACUCGCCCGUCUUCGCCACCUUCGAGGUGGGAGUGACCUCGCAGUUUGUGCCCAAGAAGGCUCCCGGCUCCAGCCCCGAGCCCCUGGCCUGCAUCGAGUGGGAGAGCAUCGAGGUGAUUGUGAAAACCACCAGCCGCAGCAAGUGCUGCAUCGAGUUCCACUCCUACUGCCUGGAGGAGGCCCAGCGGAGCGGGGAGAACACCUUCCAGAGCUGUGACAUCCCCGGCUUCCUCAAGCUGGGCUGGUCCGCAAAGCAUCUGCCUGUGCUGAACCCCAUUCUGCCAGACUUGGAGUACCUGGUGGACCAGCACCUGCUCCUCAGCAUCAAGGGUGUGGAGAGCUGCGAGUCCUAUGGUGAGUGCUGCAUCGCAAUGAGGUCAAUGAUCAGCAGCAUGGCCCAGCAGUUUGAGACCUUCCUCUUCCACCGUGGCGAGGAGACGGGCUCCAUACGUGGCUGGAUGAAGGUCCGGGUCCCCAAGGACACGUGCGGCACCCGUGAGAGGCUCUAUGAGUGGAUCAGCUUUGAGGAGGAGGAUGCUGAGCCAGCGGCAGACACCCCAAUGUGCCCCAAGCCACCCCGGCAGACCCUCAGGAGCCGGCCCCGCAGCCUCCCGGAGCCGCCUGCUGGCUACACCAACCCAGCCUACUUCAUCUUUGAGGGGGUCCCCAACACAUGGGGGCUGGCCCCUGGCACUGGUGAAGCCCACACCAAGCAGGCAGAGAGCCCGGCCAGGGGUCCGCAGCACCAGAGCCCCCUUGGGGCACGGGCCCCUUUGCCCUCGGAGGAGCAGCAGUGGGGCAGCCAGCCCCACCGUGUACCAGGGGGUCCACCCCGUGAGUGCCCACUCAGCCCCCUUCGUGUGGGCCAGCAGAAGAGACCCAAAUCAGCCACGCUGGUGAGGGACACACCGGGGCUGGGCGACUGCUCACUGACAGCGCUGCACAUGGCCUCCUGCCUGAGCCAGAUGGACUGGGCAUCCCCUGGGGAUGGAGGGGACAGCCAGGAGAACCUGCUGCACCCCAGGACCCUGCUGCACCAGGCCCACAGCACCCUGGAGCCACCCCCACGGCCCUGCCGGGAGGUAUCGAGGUGCCUGCCAGGUGCUCGCCAGUACAGCCCCUCCAGAGAGUGGCCUUGCAAGAGGGGUGAAUGGUCCCGCAGCACCAGUGGGUGCCUGGGCCACCUCAGCUUGCAGCAGGACAAGGAACGGCUGCAAGAGCAUGGCUGGGACCACCAGGAGAUCUUCAGAGAUGUCACGGAGCGGGACCUGCCGGAGGCUGGGGCGCUCAGCCCGAGCCAUCCUCAGCUCAUCCAUGGCACCGUGGUGAGCCUGCCGCAGAGACCCAGCCUCGGACCCAGCGCCUAGAGCAUCCAUCCCCACCCCAGCACCAGUGUGCGCUCUCCUAUGGAGCUCCCAAGG